AUGCGUCGGCAACAAGUGAGUUUCGGGCAGUCAGACAAUCGCAAACUCAACGGCGUCAUAGCUGUGCUGCUAUACCAUACCCUGCUCAGCUUUCAUAGGGAAGUACACGAGAUUUGGUCCCGUGGUCAUGUCGGUACCACUUGUCUGUACCUUGCCGCGCGCUAUGGGGCUAUUGCCAAUCGCUUGGCAAUGAUCUUAACUCGGUCGACGUGGAAAGAUCGCACUCUCGAGGUCAUGUUUUCUGCAUUACGCGUGUAUAUGUUAAGCGACAAACAGCGCUGGCGUUUUCUCAUAGUCAUGAUACUUGGGCUGUGUCUUCCUGCCGUAUAUCUGGUGCGUCCACCAAGGUUAGAUGUUCGCAAAUUGCCAGAUGUCUGA